AUGUGUGGUGUUCGUGAAGAGUUGGUGUUUGCAGGCGGUGAUUCAUCGAAGGUCGACAUAAUUAAGGAGCACUUGUACAACAAAAUGGAGAGCCCACACGAACAUCAACAGAGCCUGCUGCUCUCCCGCAUCAUCACCAAUGUCGAGAAACUCAACGAAGCUGUCAUGGUCUUGAACAAGAGUUUACAAGAGAUCAACGUCCAAAACAUGAACGUCGAGCUCGUCGCCCAGAUGUUCAAGAAUUACCAGUCGAAUGUGCUUUUUCAUCUUGAAGCCACGGAUAGCUUGAAAGAGCCUUCUUGA